UGAUGGCUGGCUUCUUUUUCUCCACCCAGUCCUCGCCCCCUGUGGCCCCCCCAGGCCGGCCUGGCUAGGGGAGGGGGCGGGGGGCCCAUUCCCGGGCCGGCUUCCCCCUCCCCCGGCUUUGCUUGUGCCCCCUCCCUUCCGUUUUCACCUUCCUCUCCUCCUUUCCUCCCUCCUUCCCCUCCAUUUGCUCCUUUCCCCUCUCCUCUCUCCCCUUCUCUCCUCCAUUUUCUCCUUUCCCCUUCCUCCCCUCCCUGGCCCGCCCUCUCCUCUUCCACCUGUCCUUCCUCCCUGCUCCUAAGGAGCCACCGUUUUGGAUUAGUUGGAGGCCACUGCCGGUGGCGGGGGAGGGGGCCUCGUGGACAGCCCUCUCCCCCUGCCACAGCCACUCAAGCGCCAGAGCAUCGCCCUGUUGUCGUUCCACGGGCCUCGAGGGAGCCCAGCCCUCCGUCCCACCAGGAUCCGUGGCGAGUGGGGGCCGCGGCAGCUGCGUCCCCAUGAGGAGGGGAGGAAGAUGCCGGCUGAGCUGCUGCUGCUGCUGAUUGUUGCCUUUGUCAGCCCCAGCUGCCAGGUGCUCUCAUCACUGCGCAUGGCUGCAAUCCUGGACGACCAGACAGUGUGUGGCCGCGGUGAGCGUCUGGCCUUGGCCCUGGCCCGGGAGCAGAUCAACGGGAUCAUCGAGGUCCCAGCCAAGGCCCGAGUGGAAGUAGACAUCUUUGAGCUGCAGCGGGACAGCCAGUACGAGACCACGGACACCAUGUGUCAGAUCCUGCCCAAGGGGGUCGUGUCUGUCCUGGGGCCCUCCUCCAGCCCAGCAUCUGCCUCCACCGUGAGCCAUAUCUGUGGGGAGAAGGAGAUUCCCCACAUCAAGGUGGGCCCCGAGGAGACACCUCGCCUUCAGUACCUUCGCUUCGCGUCUGUCAGCCUGUAUCCCAGUAACGAGGACGUCAGCCUGGCCGUCUCCCGAAUCCUCAAGUCCUUCAACUACCCCUCGGCCAGCCUCAUCUGUGCCAAGGCUGAGUGCCUGCUGCGAUUGGAGGAACUGGUGCGUGGCUUCCUCAUCUCCAAGGAGACGCUGUCAGUGAGGAUGCUGGAUGACAGUCGGGACCCCACGCCACUGCUCAAGGAGAUCCGUGAUGACAAGGUGUCCACCAUCAUCAUUGAUGCCAAUGCAUCCAUCUCCCACCUCAUCCUCCGUAAGGCCUCAGAGCUGGGAAUGACCUCAGCUUUUUACAAGUACAUCCUCACCACCAUGGACUUCCCUAUCCUGCAUCUGGACGGUAUUGUGGAGGACUCCUCCAACAUCCUGGGCUUCUCCAUGUUCAACACCUCCCACCCUUUCUAUCCUGAGUUUGUACGCAGCCUCAACAUGUCCUGGAGGGAGAAUUGUGAAGCCAGCACCUACCCAGGCCCUGCGCUGUCGGCCGCCCUGAUGUUUGACGCUGUGCAUGUGGUAGUGAGCGCCGUCCGAGAGCUGAACCGCAGCCAGGAGAUCGGCGUGAAGCCGCUGGCCUGUACGUCGGCCAACAUUUGGCCCCAUGGGACCAGCCUCAUGAACUACCUGCGCAUGGUAGAGUAUGAUGGGCUGACCGGGCGAGUCGAGUUCAACAGCAAAGGGCAGAGGACCAACUACACACUGCGCAUCCUAGAGAAGUCCCGGCAGGGCCACCGUGAGAUCGGGGUGUGGUACUCUAACCGGACCCUGGCCAUGAACGCCACUACUCUAGACAUCAACCUGACGCAGACACUGGCCAAUAAGACCCUGGUGGUCACAACCAUCCUGGAGAACCCAUAUGUCAUGCGCCGGCCCAACUUCCAGGCCCUGUCGGGGAAUGAGCGCUUCGAGGGCUUCUGCGUGGACAUGCUGCGGGAGCUGGCCGAGCUGCUGCGCUUCCGUUACCGUUUGCGGUUGGUGGAGGAUGGGCUGUAUGGGGCCCCUGAGCCCAACGGCUCCUGGACGGGCAUGGUUGGCGAGCUUAUCAACCGGCAGAAGGCAGACCUGGCUGUGGCUGCAUUCACCAUCACAGCUGAGCGGGAGAAGGUCAUCGACUUUUCCAAACCCUUCAUGACCCUGGGAAUCAGCAUCCUCUACCGAGUGCACAUGGGUCGCAAGCCUGGCUACUUCUCCUUCCUGGAUCCCUUCUCCCCUGCAGUGUGGCUCUUCAUGCUUCUUGCCUACCUGGCUGUCAGCUGCGUCCUAUUUCUGGCUGCCAGGCUGAGCCCCUACGAGUGGUAUAACCCACACCCGUGCCUGCGGGCACGCCCCCACAUCCUGGAGAAUCAGUACACGCUGGGCAACAGCCUCUGGUUUCCUGUGGGGGGCUUCAUGCAGCAAGGCUCAGAAAUCAUGCCCCGGGCACUGUCCACACGCUGUGUCAGCGGAGUCUGGUGGGCCUUCACCUUGAUCAUCAUCUCCUCCUACACGGCCAACCUGGCCGCCUUCCUCACCGUGCAGCGCAUGGAGGUGCCUGUGGAGUCGGCUGAUGACUUGGCAGAUCAGACCAACAUCGAGUACGGCACCAUCCACGCUGGCUCCACCAUGACCUUCUUCCAGAACUCACGGUACCAGACAUACCAGCGUAUGUGGAACUACAUGCAGUCGAAGCAGCCUAGCGUGUUUGUCAAGAGCACGGAAGAGGGCAUCGCCCGCGUCCUCAACUCCCGCUAUGCCUUCCUGCUUGAGUCUACCAUGAAUGAGUACCACCGGCGCCUCAACUGCAAUCUCACCCAGAUCGGGGGCCUCCUCGACACCAAGGGCUACGGCAUCGGCAUGCCGCUGGGCUCCCCAUUCCGGGAUGAGAUCACACUGGCCAUCCUGCAGCUUCAGGAGAACAACCGACUGGAGAUUCUGAAGCGCAAGUGGUGGGAGGGAGGCCGGUGCCCCAAGGAGGAGGACCAUCGUGCUAAAGGUUUGGGCAUGGAGAACAUUGGUGGCAUUUUUGUCGUGCUCAUCUGUGGCCUCAUCAUUGCUGUCUUCGUGGCAGUCAUGGAAUUCAUAUGGUCCACACGGAGGUCAGCAGAGUCUGAGGAGGUGUCGGUGUGCCAGGAGAUGCUGCAGGAGCUGCGCCACGCCCUGCGGGCACGAGGAGCGCAGGAAGCGAGGACUCCAGGGGCCGGGGACUUCGGGGGCCGCUCCCGGAAGCGGAAAGCAGCCCGCGGGAAGGCCCCCUCCUGGGACUGCUCGGGCCCCCCGAGACUUGGCGCAGCCCUCCACGCUUCUGGAGUCCCAUCCUCCAUGAUCCGGGCCUAUACCUCCGAUCAAGGUUCCUCCCCUGAACAGCGCCCCAGUCUCCAGGGCCCCCUUACCACACUGCUCCCCUGGGCCCUCUGCUUUAUUGCGGUGGUUCUCGGGGCUUUCUCCCCACCUUGUAUCACCCCACCUAGAGAACCCGUCUCCCUGGUGACACGCCCCCAAAAUGAGGGGAUUUCCGGGCUCUUCUUCCCUCAGCGCCCCCUCCUUGGAAGCCCCACCCCACAUCGAGGGGAUAUCCAGGUCGGUCCCUUCUUGCGGGGGUCUCCGGGAAUCCCCUGUCCCCCCGCAGCGCUCCCCCAUCUCGCUGCGCCGCCACUUUGCGGAGACCGGGGGGCUGGACAGCUGCAGUACCGGGGGCGGGGCCACGUGCCGUCCAUCAGCGCAGCGGCGCCCCUGAUUGGCCAGCGCCGCCCCCCUCCCGCGGGCGCGGGCAUAUGA